UGGUUCCACGAUCAAAACGUAUCGAACUCGCAGAAAGUUAGAAUGGAAUCACCACCAGCCAAUACCAUACCUUCCGCCCCGACGCCGCUGCUGUUGUGUUAUUUCUUUCAUAUAUGCGGCUCGAGCGCCCAAGGUCCUCCUCCCGAUCCGUCCGAUCCCUUUGGCGCCUUCGAUGACUUUGCUGACAGCUGGCAGAAACGUCUGAAUCCGCUGUUAAAUUUUGAGAGCAAGAUUUAUGGAAUACAAAACGACUUUGACAAAGCAAUAAAGAAGCUCAAAGAUGAGAACGCUGAUCCUGCCUAUCAAGCGGCGCUGCAAGAUAUUAGCGUUAUGCUUAGACAAUUGACUGACGCAAUGAAAGCCGAUUAUUCAGAAGCCCUAUCUUAUAUUAUAAAGGAUGUUAAAGCGUUUUUUAAAAUUCUUUUCGAACCGUAUGUCACGGCGAAGUCCAAUUUCAUGGAGCAGGCAACUACCAUGGUUAGAGGAACUGCAGCACAAAAGGCCUGUGCUGAUAACGCCUUUUUAAAUCAUCUGAACCAAGAGUUGGGCUUAUUUGCUGGCGCUUCAGGCUCCUUUGCAACGACGGUGAUGUCGAGUCAUGUGUUUUACUAUCACUACUUUACAAGAGUCCUCGAGGUUUUGAAAGCGUCAUGUUUUUCCCUAUUGGGCAACUUCAAGAAUCCUUUAUACUCUAGUGAUGAAAUUAAGUCUUUCUUUCAAAUGAUUUACCCUAGCUAUGUAUUGUUAUCUUAUAAUUCUAUUGGAUCAAGUUCUACUGAGUUGUUUUACAUAAGCGAAGGUAGCAAGGCCCUAUUUUAUUUUCUGAACGGAGCUUUAUUCAGUUCUCUUAUUGAGCAACAAAAGAUGCUUGAUUCCUGCUAAUGUCUGUCGUUUCUCAAAUAUAUA